AUGGAGGCGCCUUACCCUGGUUUUCGCUUCUACCCUACAGAAGAAGAGCUCGUCUCCUUCUACCUCCACAACAAGCUCGAAGGUCUCAGACCAGACAUGGACAGAGUCAUUCCUGUUGUUCAAAUCCACGACGUCGAACCUUGGAACCUCCCACAGCUUGCAGGAGAGAUGUGUCGUGGUGAUACAGAGCAGUGGUUCUUCUUCUCCCCGAGGCAGGAAAGAGAAGCCAGAGGAGGGAGGCCAACCAGAACCACUGCUUCAGGGUACUGGAAAGCCACCGGUUCUCCUGGUCACGUUUACUCUUCCGAUAACAGAGUGAUCGGCGUGAAGAAAACGAUGGUCUUUUACAGAGGAAAAGCUCCCACGGGAAGGAAAACCAAGUGGAAGAUGCAUGAAUAUAGAGCCAUUGAACCAUCCAGCUCUAACCAAUCCGCCGCCUCCAUUCCCACGUUGAGGCACGAAUUCAGCUUGUGCCGAGUUUACGUCAUAUCGGGGAGCUUCAGAGCAUUUGAUCGACGGCCAUUAGAGGCGGAGGGAGCUUCUGGUUCUGGCGGAAGAAGGGACGUCGAUAGAGCAGGCUCGUCGGACGACACUUCAAACUCAGGAGCAGACCAUGCAGAAGCGGGAGGAUCCAGCAGUGCAAAUCGGAAUGUCAAUGAUGAGACUGUACCGGAGCCUCUAUGGGAAUGGGAACAACUUAACUGGCUCUAAUAAUCAAAGCCCAGAAAAAAAAAAAAAAACUGGCUCUGAUAAUCAUGGAAACGGGAUCAACUUAAUUGGCUCUAAUUCAGUGCAGGACUCUAACCUUAGGCGAAGCUGAUGAUGGUUUCAAUGACGAAAUAGGUGUUUAAUUUGUAACACAGUACUGGUAUUUGAUUUAGUUUACAGAAGGUGCGAUUAGGAUUAUUUUUUUUUUAACGUGAAAGAUAUUUUACGCGAAUAUGUUUUUUGUAUUAAUUCAAUCCAUCUCAAGAUUAGUA